AUGUCCAGAAGGCAACGAUUAAUAGGACUUGCAAAGAGCACUAGGGACAAUUACAUCCCCAAAAUUACUGGGUCGGUCACAUCGCUUGCUUCAGGUGCGUCAAAGGCAUUCACAAACCCAAGAGAAGUGUACGAUGAAGACGGCAAGGUCAUACUUCCCAAAGAUACGCGGAUCAAAUUGUACCCCACAUACACGAGACGACUAGAUAACAAGUACUUUGUUGACGUUUCUGGAUGGAUGUCGGCUCCGGGAGCAAUGAAUAGAAAGAAUAGAGUCAUGAUGUCCGUUAUCAAGCAAUUGAUGAAACGAGAAGACCCAGAGCUUCAAGAUGCGUAUCUCCCAACCCAUCAAGUACAUCAGAAGGAAAGCGAUUCAGAUAACGAAUCAAUUCAUUCAGUGUCGUCAAACCAAAGUGCCAGCUCGUCUCCAGGAUCUCCCAACUCCGAUGCAAUAAUCAAUGAACGACUUGCGGACUUUUUCGCUAAAUCGAUACCGAAUUCCGAAAUCAAAAUCACAAUUGGUUCCGAAAGCAAAGACGAGGAGGAAGUUGCGCAAAAGAGGGUGAUGACUGAUGGAUACGGUUAUUUCCACAUCACCGUAGAGGUCAGCUACAAACCGUCAGUCAUCUUUGCUUCAUCCACAGUGACUGAAACAAUUUUCGCAGCGCAGGAUAUCAUGAUUGUUCCCGAGAGUGGGUUAGGAGUCAUCAGCGACAUUGACGACACUGUCAAACUUACAGGUGUUGUUGGUGACAAACGUCUUUUACUUCGAAAUUUAUUAUUGCAAGAUUUCCAAGCGUGGAAAAUCCCUUCCAUUGUGAAAUGGUACAUGGAUCUUAGUAAACGCCGAGACGUCAGUUUUUUUUACGUUUCCAAUUCACCGUGGCAACUAUUUCCAUCAAUAUCAGAAUAUUUCAAUCUCGCGGGAUUGCCCAAAGGUUCAAUACAUUUGAAACGGUAUUUGGGCAGCAUGAUAUCUUCAUUACUAGAGCCCUCGCUGUCCAGGAAAAAAACAAUGUUGCACAAGAUCCUAAAAGACUUUCCCGAGAAGAAGUUCGUUUGCAUUGGGGACUCAGGGGAGUAUGACUUGGAAGCAUACGUGGAUUUGGCAAUCAGUUAUCCCAAUAGAGUGUUGGCGAUAUAUAUCCGAUACGUUGAGAACUCAUUAUCAGUGGAAGAUGACCGUCGUAUUUUAAAAGAGUUGUUGCGACUAUUGGCGAAAAGAAAGACAGAAGUAUCACUUAAAGAAAGUGAAUCCAUUCAUGAUGCCCAAGAUGCUGAUUUGAUUGAUUUGUCGGAUUCGCCAGUUCCCGCCACUCCUAAAAAGAAACCACCAAUGAAGCCGAAAAAACCGGAAAGUCUACAUAGCAGGUCCAUUCUGCGGUCAUCUGACGGAUCAGAGCCACCUUUGAACAAACAACCUGCAAAUGAGAUAUCUCUCGAUGCGCCAUCUUUUCAAAACGCCUCUCCACCCAUCCCUCCAUCAUCUAAUGUUUCCUCAGACGGUAAUCUGAUGAUUGAUGAGUAUAGACCACCAUUACCUCCAAGACGUUCCAGACCAGCUCUGAGAAACGGAUACGAUUACGGGCCAAGCAGCAUCUACGACUCACCCGGGUUCUUGGAACUUGAAGAAAGAGAUAAAAAGGGGGCAGAGUGGAUACAAAGAGUCACUACAGCAAUAACUGCCUUGAGAAACACAAAUACCCAAAUCCAUAUAUUUAUAGAUACAGAUGAUGAAUUUUUCAAGAGCACUUGCAGCAAGUUGGACGAAGAUGUGCGUGUUAAAUAA